ACCCACCCCUGACGCACUUCCGGCGCGACGCUUUCCCUCCACGCCUGGACUGGGCCGUGGGGGAGGGAGGCGGUUAGUGUGCUUUAGCGCCUUUCCUGACGGCGGUAGAUUUGAAGCGCUUUACGGGGGCCGGGCCUGGAGUCGAGACGUCGGUGGCGGUGCAGACUGAAGUGUUGGAACCAUGGGAAUAAAGGUCCAGCGUCCUCGAUGUUUUUUUGACAUUGCCAUUAAUAAUCAACCUGCUGGAAGAGUUGUCUUUGAAUUAUUUUCUGAUGUAUGUCCCAAAACGUGUGAGAAUUUUCGUUGUCUUUGUACAGGUGAAAAGGGGACAGGGAAAUCAACUCAGAAGCCAUUACAUUAUAAGAGCUGUCUCUUUCACAGAGUUGUCAAGGAUUUCAUGGUUCAGGGUGGUGACUUCAGUGAAGGGAAUGGAAGAGGAGGAGAAUCUAUUUAUGGAGGAUUCUUUGAAGAUGAAAGUUUUGCUGUUAAACACAACAAAGAAUUUCUCUUAUCAAUGGCCAACAGAGGGAAGGAUACAAAUGGCUCACAGUUCUUCAUAACAACGAAACCAACUCCUCAUUUAGAUGGGCAUCAUGUUGUUUUUGGGCAAGUGAUCUCUGGCCAAGAAGUUGUCAGAGAGAUUGAAAACCAGAAGACAGACGCUGCUAGCAAGCCAUUUGCUGAGGUGCGGAUACUCAGUUGUGGGGAACUGAUCCCGAAGUCUAAAGUUAAGAAAGAAGAAAAGAAAAGGCAUAAGUCGUCAUCGUCGUCAUCAUCCAGUGAUUCAGACAGCUCACGUGAUUCUCAGUCCUCCUCGGAGUCUUCUGAUUCUGAGAGCGCUUCUGAAGAAAAAUCCCGGAAAAGAAAAAAGAAACAUAGGAAAAACUCCCGAAAACAUAAGAAGGAAAAGAAGAAGCGAAAGAAAAGCAAGAAGAGCCCAUCUAGUGAAAGUGAAGCGGAAAAUCUUGAUGCGCAGCCCCAGUCUACUGUCCGUCCAGAAGAGAUCCCUCCUAUACCAGAAAAUAGAUUCCUAAUGAGAAAAAGUCCUCCUAAAGCUGAUGACAAGGAAAGAAAAAACAGAGAGAGAGAAAGGGAAAGAGAGUGUAAUCCACCUAACUCCCAGCCUGCUUCAUACCAGCGACGAUUCUUAGUUACUAGGUCUGGCAGGAAAAUUAAAGGAAGAGGACCAAGGCGUUAUCGAACUCCUUCCAGAUCCAGAUCAAGGGAUCGUUUCAGACGAAGUGAGACUCCUCCACAUUGGAGACAAGAAAUGCAGAGAGCUCAAAGAAUGAGGGUGUCAAGUGGUGAAAGAUGGAUCAAAGGGGAUAAGAGCGAGUUAAAUGAAGUAAAAGAAAAUCAGAGGAGCCCAGUUAGAGUAAAAGAGAAAAAAGUAACCGAUCACAGACACAUGUCUGAGAGUCCAAACAGAAAAAUAGAAAAGGAAAAGAAAGUUAAAGACCAUAAAUCUGAAAGCAAAGAGAGAGAGAUCAGAAGAAAUUCAGAAAAAGAUGAUAAAUAUAAUAAAAACAAAGUGAAGAAAAGAGGCAAAUCAAAAAGUAGGAGUAAGAGCAAAGAGAGAUCCAAGAGUAAGGAAAGAGAAUCAAAGCAUAACAGACACGAAGACAAGAGGAUGAGGUCAAGAAGUAAAGACAGGGAUCAUGAGACUCUUAAAGAAAAAGAAAAACAGUUGGAUUCUAAAGGGAAAGAUCAGGAAAGGAGUAGAAGCAAGGAGAAUUCUAAACAGGUAGAAUCAAAAAGCAAUGAGCAUGAUCAUAGCAAAAGUAAAGAAAAGGAUAGACGUGCACAGUCCAGGAGUAGAGAACGCGACCUAACUAAAAGUAAACACAGUUACAACAGUAGAACGAGGGAGCGAAGCAGAAGCAGGGACAGGAGCAGAAGAGUGCGCUCUAGAAGCCAUGAUAGAGAUCGCAGCAGGAGCAAGGAGUACCAUAGGUACAGAGAACAGGAGUAUAGGAGAAGAGGAAGGUCACGGAGCCGGGAUCGAAGAACUCCAGGACGAUCGAGAAGUAAAGACAGGAGGAGGAGAAGGAGGGAUUCUCGGAGCUCAGAAAGAGAAGAAAGUCAGAGCCGAAACAAAGAAAAAUACAGAGGCCAAGAAAGUAAAAGUUCACACAGAAAAGAAAAUUCUGAGGGUGAAAAAAGAAUGUACUCUAAAAACCGUGAUCAUAAUAGCUCAAGUAAUAACAGGGAAAAAAAGGCGGAUAGAGAUCAAAGUCCAGUAGUGUCGAAACCAAAACAGAGCAGUCAGGACAAUGAGUUGAAAAGUCAGGAGGACGAGAAGACCAGAUCUCCAGUGGAAAAAGAAAACCAAAAAUCAAAAGGUCAAGAAAAUGACCAUGUACAUGACAAAAAUAAAAAGUGUGAUCAUGAGUCAAGCCCCGGAACAGAUGAAGACAAAAGUGGAUGAGUGAGUUGUGUACACUUACUUCCUCCCUAUCUCAAAUUUUAAGUUUUCGAGACUUAACUGUUAUAUCUCUUUUUUGUUGUUGUUGUUCUCAUUGUUUUGGGGUUGUUUUUAUGUUUGUCUCCCUCCCCCCUUUUUUUUAAAAAUGUGGACUUCAUUGAGUUGAUGAUCUUUUGAUAAUCUGCUACCUGGAUAAUUUGUACUGCAAAGUUUUAAUAAACUUGAAAUGAAAA